CAAGAAUGCUGCGUCCGCCUGGGGAUGUAGCGUUCCGAGUGGCGGUGGACGGGCAGGCGAGCGGGCUCCUGUUGCCGAGACAUGCUCCGUGCACGACCGCAUCGCACCAGUGGCUGCAGGCAGUGUCCGCACUUGGACAGGACGAGACUGUUGCUUCACUGAGACACGGGACAGCAGAUGCUGGAAUCUGGAGCAAAAAAAAUAAACUGCUGGAAGAACUCAGCGGCCAUGCAGCAUCUGUGGAGAUAAAGGCGCCUCAUAUUCCUACAGCCCAGUAGUGUGAACAUUGAAUUUUCGAUUUUCAGGUAGGAAAUCUAAAUAAAGGAAACACUUUGCAUUGGGAAAAAAGAACUUCCUUCAAAGUAGAUUACGACUUGAAAAUGGCAGUCUCAAGAUCUGUAUUAUCUCUGUUCAUGUUUUUUUGUGGGCUGGGAUUAGGAUUUCUCAUCUGCUAUUUCAUGAUUAAUGUAAUAAAUACAGAAGAACCACAGCACAGGCAUUUGCUCUUCAAUGACCCACAUGGACACUUAGAAGAUUCUGACCAGCACCAACACCAACAUCUUCAAGGAGAGAUGAACUUUAAUGCUGACAUCAGUCAACAUAAAGAUGAAAACAGCAGCCUUGCUGAUGAUCUAUAUAAGAAAGUGCGAAUCCUGUGUUGGGUGAUGACUGGGCCCCAGAAUCUGGCUACAAAGACCAAACACGUCAAAGCCACCUGGGCAAAAAGAUGUAACGUUAUGCUUUUCAUGAGCUCUGAAGAAAAUAAAGAUUUCCCUACAGUGGGACUGGAUGUUAAAGAAGGAAGAGACCAGUUGUAUUGGAAAACUAUCAAAGCUUUUCACUAUGUUUUUGAUCAUCACUUGAAUGAAGCUGAUUGGUUCUUGAAAGCAGAUGAUGACACAUUUGUGGUUGUUGACAAUUUGCGAUGGCUGUUAUCAAAGUAUUCUCCCGACCAGCCCAUAUUCUUUGGAAGAAAAUUUAAGCCAUUUGUUAAGCAAGGAUACAUGAGUGGUGGAGCUGGAUAUGUGCUUAGCAAGGAAGCAGUGAAAAGAUUUGUUGAUGGCUUCAAGACUGGGAAAUGUACUCAUUUUACGUCCACAGAAGACUUAGCCAUGGGGAGAUGUUUGGAGUCUGUUAAUGUAGAAGCUGGUGACUCCAGGGACACAAAUAAAAGGGACACCUUUCAUCCUUUUCCGCCAGAGCAUCAUUUGUCGAAGAGUUAUCUACCCAAAACAUUCUGGUACUGGAACUAUUGCUAUUACCCCACUGAAGAGGGACCUGGAUGUUGUUCUGAUCUGGCAGUGUCGUUCCACUACAUUGAUUCUAAAACCAUGUAUUAUUUAGAAUACUUGACUUAUCAUCUACGGCCAUAUGGCUACAAGUAUAGAUAUAAUCCAGACUCUGAAGCAAAGAAAUUGGAAAUUACAUAGAUUUCUGUAAAACUUCCAUUCAAGUGACACUGCAGGUGACAAAAUUGUGAGAAUUUGUGUUAGAAAUGAAUGGUCAUCAAAAAUGUUUCUGAAAUUUCUUUUUGUGCAAGUUACACUGGACCGUACAAGCCUUACAAGCAACAGAAGUAAUUAUAUGAAAAGUCACAAUUCACAUGGAUGAAAAUGAUUACAUGUGGACAUCAGUGGGAUUUUUGUUUUACUACUGCCUUGAAUUGACUAGCAAAGAGAUUUGUAUCACUAUAAAUAGCUUGUAGUUCCUCUGUGGCUUAGUGGGAACUAUACUGCCUUGCCUUUUGAUGUCUUGUUUACUUCUUGGUCUGUGCUGGGUUUGCUGCAUUCUUUCAGCAGCAGCUUGAGGGUAUUAUGACUGGAUUCAAUGUUGCUUGAUAGGAAGAAGAAAAAUAUUUGGUUGCUGUUUGUGGUCCUGCUGGAAAACAUGCUUUUGGGUACAAAGAUGAUUAGACUUUUCUGUAGGCCUUUCUAUAUGGAGUCGUACACUUACGUGGUGGUUUUAUUUCCCCCCCAAAAAUAUUGGAGAACUGUAAUAGUUACAGAAUUGUACCCUAACAAGACUCAAAGUAGGCGAUGGAUAAUAGGAGAGCAAUUUGAUUUAAGGAUCAUGUAUAUUAAAAAAAAAUUAUUGCAUGUCUAGUCAAAGGAGAGAAAGAUCUAUGACAUACAUGGUUCAUUCAUUUUACAAUAUUGGGCAAAAUCAAAACGACCACCAUUUGCCAUAGCAAAGUAAUUCAGUCAGCCCCAUUUCCUGCUCUUACCUCUUUGAAAAAACUAUUCAAUUAUCCCCAGUUUCCUACUUUACUCCUACAGUCCUGCAUUAUUUAUUUAUUUUAGACACACCAACCUGUUGAAGGCCUUCAAUAACUCAUAUAUUGUGCAUUUACCCACUGUCUGUGAUAAUUUUUCUCAAUGUGAUCCUUAGUCUAAAUCCCCAUGCCCCUUUGUACAUUUCAUGCUAUCUUAACUUUCCUAUUUGUCAAAUGCAUACCUAUUUCUCUUUUUUAAAAACAAUUGAAGGAUUCUGUUUCAAAUUAGUGCUAUGAAAGAAUUUUCAAAAUUUUAACAACCUCUUUAUUAAGGAUGUACUUGAUUUUUUAAAUUUUCCUUUAAUGGUCUGUAGUUCUUAAGCUGUUUGGGAAAACUGGAUCAUGCAUGGAUGGGUAUAAUCUAAAAUACAAAAAAUCUCCGAUAAUACAGCUCUCUUGAGACUGUUAGUGUUGUAUCAGCAGAUUUUCUGGACAAUUGGAUGUUACUCCUAUUGAUACCCAAACACAUUUUUAUUUUGUUUUUUAAAGAAAUAUUAGACAGCGAUGAUAAUAUUUUUCAGUGAUCCAGUGCGUUCAAAGGGAGUGGGAAAUAUACAAGCACAUGGGACCCCAGCUGAAGCCACAAACCUACCCACAUUUCUGACCUUGAUGUUCUGGACACCAAACCUAGUUCUGGCUGCAUAGCCUGCUUGCACUCUGGACCCCCAGCACAGAUGAUUGGACUACUGAGUGAUCCAAAAUCCAAACCAUCGGGAUUUCUGAUUAUCGGAGUCUUAUUAAUAUUCAUAUUUGACCAUUAUGACUACUAAAUUAAAGUUGCAUUUUUUCUGCCUUUUAAAAUAUGCACAUUCAGUAUCUGGAUUUGGUAUGGAAUUUUUUUUAUCAAGAACUAAGACUUGGGGUAAAUUGCAAUGAAGUGAAUUGAGUUUUGUAUGUUUAUAUAAAUGUGUCAUCGAAUAGAUCUUAAAAGUAAACAAGUCCAUCGUCACGGCAUUUUUAGAUGACUUUUUUUUAGUAUAUUAAUAUGUCUUUGAAUCAACAUGUAAACUAAUGGCUGAAGUGGAAGAUCACUCACGGGUAAAGGAGAGCAUUUUAUACAAGUGCACAAUGUAUGUUCUGAGAAAAUAUUUUAUUUUUUGUAUUCUGGCUGCCCCCAUUUACACAGGUCAUGGGAUUAUUUUAUCAUCUCUGCUAAAUCAAAUUACAUUUUGACAUUGCUAGACAUGGCAAACAGGAUAUGAAAUGCUGAAAAGCAAAAAAAAAUGCAUAUGCUGGAAAUCUGACAGACUAUGAAUGCUGGAAAUAUUCAGUAGGUCAGGCAGGAUCAGUGGAGAGAGAUAGUUAUCAUUUCAGGUUGAUGACACUGUUUGAUCUGCUAAGUAUUUCCAGGAUAUGUAAUGUGUUUGAAUAACAGAACCACUCUUGUUGAAAGCAAGAGAGAUUAAAUCUUUGAUAUUCAGUUACAGUUGAUGCCAUUGCACUACAUUUGUGUAUGUAACUUCAAAUUGGGAAAUUCCUUCAUGGGGCAUUAACAUUUUAAAUUAUACUCUUGUCAAUCAUAUACAUUUAAUGAAACACAAGCUAAGGUUCUUAUGCAUACACAUAUUUGUAAAUUAUUUAAUGUUAAUAUGAUUAACUGAGUUUAAUGAGUGGUUUUAUUCAGUGUCACUGCACAAUUGAUUAAUUAGUAUAGACUGCCCAAUAAAUGUACCAUUGACUGGCUUUUGGCAAAACUCUGCCAAAAUCAAAUUUAAAUAAACAUAGUGAUUAAGUUUUAAUUGGUGAAUCUCAGAAUCCUUACAUAGGAGAUCAUUUGGUGGGUAAAUCCAUACCACCUCUCCAGCUAGUCCAAAUCCACUGCCUUCACCCAUCGCCCUUGAAAUUCUUCCCUGCAGAUACUUAUCCAGCUCCCUUUUGCAUGCUACAGUUGAAUCUUCCUCCACUAUUACUACUGACAGUUGUUGUGCACUCCGUUUAAAAAAAAAAUUUUUCCUUGCAUCAAUUUUUGUUGAUUUUACAAAUCAUAAUCUGUGUUCUGCCAGUGGGAACUGAUAUCCUCUAUCUGCUCUAUCUGUACUAUUCAUGAUUUUUAAAUAUCUCAAUCUGAUCCCAUUGCACCCUCUGGUUCCAAGGAGAAUAAUCUCAGCUUCUCCAUUCUUUCCACAUAACCAAAGUGCCCCAUACCUGAAAUGCACUUGUUAGAUCUCUUCUGCACCCCUGCUAAAGCCUUUACCUCUUUCACAAAUAGUGCCACCGGAAAGGGACACAAUACUUAGUGUUUCUUGAAGGUUUAUCAUUAACUCCUUGUUCAUGAGUUCUGUUCUUGGACUUAUAAAGUUCAGCGAAAAGUUUCUCAGAAGAUGCUUGACUAUUUUUAGAAACACUUUAUGCUACUUGAUCUGUUGUUUCUUAAAGUGAAUGAAGAAAAUUAGCAUAAUCAAUUGGACUCUCCUUGCAAUGUUCAAAUAUUGAUCUAGUUUCCUGUGUAAUUGGGACAAGCAGUUUAUCUUUGAUGUGUUUUUUUUAAAAAAACAUCUGCACAAAGUUGGUUAGUCUGUUUAAUCUGAGCAGUUGAUUUACAUGUACAAUGUUUGAAAUGCAUUUUUGUAAGGUAAAAUUCUUCCUGAUAAACCCUGUACCCUUUUCAUAGUGUGCACGUAAAAGACCCGAACAUUUAUGUAUCAUAUGGGCAUCGAUUUCGAUGCAGAUUAUGGACAUUUUUCUAACGAAUUUUUCUAACAAUAUAACAUUCUGUUAUUUGCAUUGGGACCCAAAACUCUGGUGUGCAGAACAUGCAACACAUGAAAAAUUAACGUAAAUAUACAGGGAGAAUUACUUAAGAUUUUGGGAUUGUAUGCAUAACCGUGGGUGUGGGUGUAUCAGUCACCUUUUCAAUGAGAAUAUUUGAAGCUUUGUUCUAACAAAUUUUGUGUUUAAGAGUUUGGUUUCCUGUUCAAAGGGUAGUUCCAACGUACAAACAUAAAGGUACUGAAUUUAGAAAAUGGGAAACUAGUGUCCUUUGUUAGAAUUUCACUGCAAUAUCUGAGGUGGUGUAUUAAGCCCUUUCCUCUUGCAGCAGAUGUCAUGCAUUCAGUUUCACUCUGAUGCUUCGCUGUACAUGUUAUAAGACCACACCCAAAGCAGGACUUCAAAACUAAAAGAAAAACAAUUAGUGGCAACUCUGCCCCAUUUAUGCAUGUCUCUAUAACAUGUAGCUAAAGCCAUCUUUGAUAGCUGAUGUGCAUUCGUAUGUCUAUACAUGCCAUCAAUAAUGAAAAUAGGAUCAACUUGCUAUUGCAAGAGCUGAGUAUUAAGUGUGAAUGGGCAGCCAGCAUCUUCCUUCUCAAGCAGAUUUUGAUAUCUUCAAUGGCAUCCUUGGCGGGGCAUCCAGUAUUUUUCAGGAAACCAUGGCAAGGUCUGUAGUUGCUGUUUAACAGUUUUCUUCUAGAAUGUACAAGACAUCAUAAAAAUGUUCUGUCUGAGAUGUUCUUUUACAUGGUUAAUAAUUAGAAAUUAUGGAAAAUUACUCUUUGAUGAAUUGUUGCAGAUGACCUUAAUUAGUUUAUUAAAUCAUGAAACUUUCCCGUUGCCUGAAAAUUUAGCAUCUUGCAAGGGUUGUUUUUGAUAAUUUGGAAACCGUAAUCUCGAUCCAGAAAGUGCACCCAGGUCCCAGUGCGAACUGGUAUUUUUAGUUGGGAGCUAGCAACUUUAGAAAUAAAGUAUUUUCAAUCUUAUUUUUAUUGCAUACAUCUGUAAGGAUACAAUUAUAUAUUACUUCUUUCGAUCUGUGGUAAGUUUCUGAUGAAAUUGGUCAUUUGAAUUUUUUGAAUUUAUAUGAUGAUUGUACAUUCUUUACCAUGAAUCUUUCUGUGAAUCACUUUAAAUGUUUUGAUUUUAAUAAAAUGAAGUAAUG